UCACUGCAUAAUGACGCAUUGUCCACUGGCCACUCUGAAGCCAAGUGAACAACAGGGGCCCACAGCACAGGGACUCUGGGACCAGUCUGAGAGCACCCAGGGGUGGAAGCAGCAAAGUAAAAAAAAAAAUAGCAACAGGACUAGAAGAAGUGAAGGUUGGGGAAUCCUCAGGAGCGUCCAGCAGAAACAAAGCAGUAGGCCCCAUGUUGGAGCUGAGGAUGUCUCUGCAAUCUGUGAUGAUGGCUCUUGCCUUGGUCCUCGUCUUCAUGGGCCCCGACCCUAACAUGGCAGCACCUCCAGGCAAGCCAGAUGAUGAACCUUUUGACCUGGAGAACUACGACCUGAACAACGAGAUGGACUGGGAGAACCUGGACGUCAACGUUUAUGGAGACAGUUAUGAUUAUGAUGACUUGGACCAAGAGAUUGAGGUGGGCAACGUAGCACCAGACACCCCCUCAGCACCCAACCAGCCCACAUCUGAACACUACGAGGAGGAGGUGACCUUGCCCACCCUGCCACCAGCCCCCGUCACCCUGGACUUCAAGGGACCAGGUCUCUUUGGCCCUGAGACUGGCCUGGGUAUGCCUACCUGUCUACUGUGUGUAUGCAUUGGUGGGAGUGUGUACUGUGAUGACAUGGGCCUGGAUCAGAUCCCGCUCCUGCCCAAAGACACCACCCAUUUUUACAGCCGCUUCAACACGAUCCGACACGUCAAGAACACAGACUUCAUCAACCUCAAUAAACUCCGGUCCAUCGAUCUAACAGGGAACCAGAUCUCAGGGAUGGAUGAGGAUGUGUUUCGCUCUCUGCCGCAGCUCCAGGAGCUCCUAUUAGCUGAUAACAACCUGCGGGCUAUGCCUGAGCUGCCAAUCACCAUGAAACGCAUUGAUCUACGUAACAACAGGCUGAUCAGUCAUGGGGUACAUUCCGAGGGAUUCCAGGAUAUGAGCCAGCUGGAAUUCCUCUAUCUGUCCAACAAUAACCUGGAUUACAUUCCAACACCACUACCACUGAGCCUGAGAGUGUUACACCUGCAGAAUAACAACAUCCUGACUCUGCAUGAGGACACCUUUUGUAACCGCCAUGAUCGCUACUUCAUCCGCCACAACCUGGAGGAUAUCCGUCUGGAUGGCAACCCCCUGAACAUCAACCUGUUCGCCCAGGCCUACGUCUGCCUGCCACGCCUGCCCGUAGGGAAUCAUUGACAGCUACCAGACGCUGUAGUCCAGGCUUCAAUAUAGAAAUACCGUAAUGCAAGAAUAGAAACUGUUUAACUGUAAUAUCUGUUUUGUGUGAAUAUUGUGGGUAGCAUUAUAUGGGGUUUUAGGGCUGCUCAAAACGAGCAAUACUUUUUCUAAAUAUUUGAUGCCAAUUGUUAUGCCAAAAAUCAUGUUUAAAAAGCUGCAUUAAUUGAUUUUUUUGGCCUUAUAAAGUUGUAUAUGGCUAACGUGUUAGCAAAAGCUUGCCUAAUUACACAUCCAGCAGACACAGAGCAACACUGGCAUUCAUUUGGAGUCAUACUUGUGUCCCCUUGAUGAACAAAUUAAUCAGUUAGUAAUUAUUAGUCUCACUCCCAACUCGUCAAAUACCACCGAUUGGGUAGCGCUGCUCGGCAUUGGAAACCAACACACGAAAGCACCCUUUAGCAACAGUUUGUGACGACCAGGCUUUCAACUAACUUCAAUGUAAUUCGAGGCUCGGAGCAGUGACGUAGUAUUAAUAGUGUGAGUACUCUAAGGGAAGGUGGGAGAGCUGAUGUAUAGGUCAAACAAACACAAGACUUUCAUCCAGGAGACCGCUGUUCGUGUCCCGUGGGAAACUAAAAGUAACGUUGACUUAUUUUGUCAGGUCAGUCGUUAGUCGCGUGACUUGUCGGUAUUGCCAGUCCUGUGAGUUGCUUGUCACGAGUCAUUAGUAUCGUCAGUCCCCUGAGGCACUUGAGUAGUUAGUAUCGCCAGCCCCGUAAGUCACGUGAGUCAUUAGUAUCAUCAGUCCCGUGAGUCGUUAGUAUCAUCAGUCCCUUGAGUCACGUGAGUCGUUAAUAUCGCCAACCCCGUAAGUCACGUGAGUCGUUAGUAUUGUCAGUCCUGUGAGUUGCUAUUCAC